AUGGCUGAAUCCGAUAACUCACAGAACUACAACCUCCAAGAGAGUGCUCAGGCCCAGCAGGAGUUUGACAAUGCCCAGGCUAACAUGGAAACAGCAGAGGAAGAGGUAUACACCACCACCUCAAAUAUGGUGUGUGGUAGUGGUGUCCCAAGUCCUCCCCAGAGUCCUCAGGGAGCCUCGUCUCCCUGUGUGGCACUGGCCUAUAUUCCUGAAGGCUCAUCUGAGGAAGCUUCAGUCAAACAAUUAGAGGAGCUGGAAGACCCACUGUAUUUGUUGCACAAUGCCCAGAAUGUAAAGGUGUAUGACUUGGUGGACUUUCUGCUUACCAAAUAUCAAAUGAAUGCAUUCAUCACCAAGGCAGAAAUGUUGGAAAGUAUUGGUAGAGAGUAUGAUGAGUACUAUCCUCUGAUCUUCAGUGAGGCCUCUGAGUGUAUGAAGCUGGUCUUUGGCCUUGACAUAGUAGAAGUGGAUCCAUCUGUCCACUCCUAUAACCUUGUCACUGCCCUGGGCAUCACUUAUGAUGGGAUGCUGACUGAUGUCCAGGGUAUGCCCAAGACAGGCAUCCUCAUAACUGUACUGGGCAUCAUUUUCAUGAGAGGAAAUUAUGUAAGCAAGGAGAUUCUCUGGGAAAUGUGGAAUAACAUAAGGUUGUAUGUGGGGAGGGAUCCUUACAUACAUAAAGACACCAGGAGGCUCAUCUCUGAGGAAUUUGUUCAGGAAGGUUACCUGGAAUACAGGCUGGUGCCCAAUAGUGAUCCUCCUAGCCAUGGGUUCCUGUGGGGCCCAAGGGCCUUUGCAGAAACCACCAAAAUGAAAGUCUUAGAGUUUUUUGCCAGUAUUAAUAAGACUCACCCCAGAGCCUACCCUCUAAAGUAUGCAGAGGCUUUAAGGGAUGAGAUAGACAGGGCUGAGGCCUGGAUCUUCCAGCAGUUGUUUCAAUAUCAGUGA